UGGUGCGCUGUGUCCCUCAGACACAGCGGAUCACCGAUCAACAGAACGAGCCGAAGAUGUCAGCUUGGUCAUGUGAUCAGCUGUGUCCAAUCACAGCUGAUCACAUAGGGGGCAUCUACACUGAUCAUCAGGGCACUGAGGAUCAGUGUGCCCUGAUGAUCAGUGUAGCCCCAGCUGUGCCACCUGUCAGUGUCCAUCAGUGCCAGCUGUCAGUGCCCAUCCAUGCCACCUGCCAGUGCCCAUCAGUGCCACAUCAAUGCCACAUAUCAGUGCCUACCAGUGCACAUCAAUGCCACAUAUCAGUGCCCAUCUGAGCUGCCUUUCAGUGUCACCCAUCAGUGUCAGUCAGUGCCACCUAUCAAUGCCAGUAGUGCCACCUAUCAGUGCUGCCAAUCAGUGCCGCCUAUCAGUGCCAGUCAGUGUCACCCAUCAGUGUGCAUCAGUGCCCGUCAGUGCUGCCUAUCAAUGCUGCCUAUCAGUGCCAUAUAUGAGUGCUGCCUUUCAGUG